AUGGCUGGAGUGGUUCUUUCAACAAUUGAAAGUUUUAAUUUGGACAUUUCUAACUUAAGAGGACAAUCUUACGAUAAUGCCAGCAAUAUGUCUGGCAUUUAUUCUGGUCUGCAAGCCAAGAUUAAAGCUGUUAGUCCACUUGCGCAAUUUGUACCCUGUUCAGCUCACUCUCUUAACUUAGUAGGCACAAAUGCUGCUAGUUCUUGUAAAAAUGCAGUGAUGUUUUUUGACUUGCUCCAAAAACUCUAUACAUUUUUUUUAGCAUCAACAUACCGUUGGGAUAUUUUAAAGUCAUCUGUUAAAAGUUUAUCAGACACUAGGUGGUCUGCUAGAGAUGACGCAUGUAAAUCAUUGAAUAAUAAUUGGAAAUUAAUUAUUAAUGCUCUAGAAAAUUUAAAAAAUGAUAAAUCUCAAAAGCCAGCUUUUUUUUAA